AUGGGGCCUGGUUUUAUAUUUGGAAGCAAAAGGGCUGGCCGGUUUCUCUGGCAGCUGCUUGCUGCUGUAUUCUCUGCUGCUGGGCGAGAAGGAGAGUUCGGUGCGGCUGAGGCAGUAAUAAUCCUAAACUCUUGGAGGGGCCCUGUGGCGUCUGCAGUUCCGAGUGUGUCAGGGCCGGGCCCGCCUCUUCUAGAUUGUGUUCCCUGAGGCAAAUGGCAGCCGUGGGCCUGUGUGCUUAUCUCUGUUUAGGCCAGCCAGAAAUGCAAAGCAGAGACUGAACAUCUCCUGUAACCGUUUUCCGGGGUCGAGAAUGAGAAACGAUGUACCAAAAAGACACGUGUGUGCACCUGUUUGCUGGAGGAUGUGGGGGCACUGUAGGAGCAGUUCUGACGUGUCCACUAGAAGUUGUGAAAACACGGCUGCAGUCUUCCUCUGUUACACUCUACAUCUCUGAAGUUCAACUGAAUACUGUGAAUGGUGCCAGUGUUAAUCGUGUAACUAGAGUAUCCCCAGGGCCUCUUCAUUGUUUAAAGAUGAUUUUACAGAAGGAAGGCCCUCGCUCACUGUUCCGGGGACUAGGCCCUAACUUGGUAGGCGUGGCUCCAUCCAGAGCAAUAUAUUUUGCUGCUUACUCUAAUUGCAAGGAAAUGCUGAAUAAUAUAUUUGAGCCAGACUCUACCCAGGUACACAUGACCUCAGCUGGAGUGGCAGGUUUUACUGCAAUCACAGCAACCAAUCCAAUUUGGCUGAUAAAGACACGGUUACAACUUGAUGCAAGGAAUCGUGGGGAGAAACGGAUGAGUGCUUUUGAAUGUGUGCGCAAGGUCUAUCAGACUGAUGGAAUUAAAGGUUUUUAUCGAGGAAUGUCUGCAUCCUAUGCAGGCAUAUCAGAAACUGUUAUUCACUUCGUUAUUUAUGAGAGUAUUAAGCGAAGACUAUUGGAAUAUAAGUCUGCUUCUGCUAUGGAUGAGGAAGAUGAAUCUGUCAAAGAAGCAUCUGACUUCGUUGGCAUGAUGAUGGCUGCGGCUACUUCAAAAACCUGUGCCACAUCUAUAGCCUAUCCACAUGAAGUUGUACGAACAAGACUACGAGAAGAAGGAACAAAGUACAGGUCUUUUUUCCAGACACUGUCUUUGCUUGUGCGAGAAGAAGGCUAUGGUGCUCUAUACCGUGGCCUAACAACACAUUUGAUUAGACAGAUUCCAAACACAGCCAUAAUGAUGUCUACAUAUGAAGUGGUAGUCUACUUACUGAAUGGAUAGCAAUGCCAACAGCUAUCUUUAAGAAGAUGGAUGACCAAAAGCUUGCAGUGGACCAUGAAUUCUCAGUGUGAUAGGUAGGAGUAAAAUCUAUCAAGAAUAUGCAGCUGUGGACAAAAUGGAAGACUGAUGAUAGGCAAUCAUGCUGUCUCCUCAUACUGCCACUUUUGCAAUGCGAUGAUCUGAAGCUGCUCCCAAGGGGUUGCCUUUAAACUCCUUGUAUUUCAACAUUGCAAUUUUCUCCUAUUGUGUCAACGUUUUUAAUGCUAUGCAGUGAGCAUCAGACACCUGAUUGUGAGAAAAGAGGGACAUAACAUAACAUAUGUUCUUGUUGGAAAGUGUACAUCUCAUUUUUGACUCUUGUUCAUUGCUGGUUUAAAAUUCAUUUCUGUUACUGCACAGUAGCCAGUUUGAUGAGUAUGCCUGUGUCCAUUUCAAGCAGAUUCAUAAUUGCUUAUGUCUGAAACUCCAUUUUUGCAGUUUGAAAUAAAAUGAAAGACUCACUAAGCUUCCCAUUUUACUACCUCAGGGGAUCUAGCAGGGAACUUGGAUUUCUCACUACAAAAAAAGGUGACCUUUAUUUGUAGAGUUGGAGAUGGGGCAGGUUGUUCUGGGUUUGUUUGUGAUUUGUAUAGAGUUCUAGUUGCUUUAAUAUUACACUUUGGAAUUCCUAGUGCUGCACUGGCAUAUUAUUUAAUUGCCCUGAGUAUUUUCUAUCAUGGAAAUAGAGAAGAACCUUAAGAAGAUCUACCUGAAAUUAAAUUCUCCUAUCUUGGGCUUUGUACAAUUUGUGGCCAUAAAUAAAUCCCAUUGGACUUUAAAAAAAACCCUCUAAAUAUAUUAAGGACCACAGCCUUGUUGAGUAAAGUAAACCUGCCCAUCAGCAAAGAGAAACUAGAUGUCAGGCUUGGUGUGUUGGAAGAACUUUUAGUGUGUUGCUUUUAAAUCCCUGAAAACCAAUUAACAAUAUGUAAAGGGCAGGAUAUCAGGUGCUUAUUUGGCAUUAAAGCUAGCAUAAUAAGCAAGCUAUGUUCAUUUAUAGCUUGUUCUUGUACUAGCUUAAAACCUGUAGUAACUAAAGUAGUACUCUACUAGAUUUCAAGAACAUGUAUUUUUGCCAUGUCAUAAUCAAGUGCUAAGAUUGUGGUUUGGAAUGAACCAGAGAAAAGAGAAGAUAAUUGAAUACCUUGUGUUUAAGAUCCCCUUUGCUUUAUUUCUUGCAUCACCCUGAAGCGUUUUGUAGAAAACCAUGUAAGUGGUUUUUCCUAAUAUCUUCUUUUUAAUGCCUCUUAUGCAGCGGGCUUAUAUUACAUUUUAAGAGCAAGUAUUUGCAUAACUCAUACUAGGCACAUAGUCAUACUAGCUACAUGGUCUUUUUUUUUUAACAAAGCAGCCCAUUCAUAAUAAUGCAAAUAACCUGUUGGUUCUAACAAUAAAUACAUCCUACAUUUUUACCUUUAACAUACCUUCUGUCACUAAAGUGUAGCUGUGUUAAAUGAACUUCCACCCUAACUGGGCUGUAAGCUUUCUAACCAAAUACUAGUUCACUGGAAUAACUAGUAAUGACUCCAGGGGAGAAGAUUUGUGAAUUUAGUGCAAUGGUUGGUCCUAAAAAUAUUAGGGUAUUUCUGUGACUUCACUGGUUUGUAGCUUUCCCCUUUCUUCAAUGUUGAAGAGCACAACCCCUGCCAAAGUCGAGUACUUUAACAGUGCAGACCAAUGCAUUUCUACUUAGAAGUAAUUUCUAUUGGGUUCAGUAGCAGUUACUCCCAGUUAAGUGUAUCUAGGAUUGCACCUAAAGCAGAUAAGUGUUGAGUGUGCUUAAGUCUCACACAUUUGAGGCAAUGGAACUUAAGUGCUUCCUCUUGGCAGGCCUGUGCCUUAAUAUUUGUGGUAUUCAGUUCAUGCACAGCUCUUAAAAUAAAAAUUAUUUCCCUACGAACUGUGCAGAAACGGGCAUAUCAUGGGCCAGAUCUGAUACUGUUCUUCAACUUUGGAUCCCUAGAUGUUCUUGGACUGCAACUCCCAUCUUCCUUAGACACUGGUCAAGGGAUCAUGGGAGCUGUAGUCCAACAACAUCUGGGGUCCCAGCAUUGAAGAAAACUGUGCUAGAGUACUUGAAAGUAAUGCUGGAGAUGUCUAAUGUCUGUGCAGUUUGAAGAGUGGUUUCUUUUGGUUCAUAUGUAUCAUCCAGUCUCUGACCAAAAUGUUUCACUGUAUAUUUGCACCCUUUAGUAUGGAGACAUUGUGCAGUACUCCUUGUUAGGGCCACUGGUGAAUCACAGUGACCUUCUGCCAGUUCUUUCCAGCAAGGUGCAGACAAGACAUCUUACUUUCCUUAAUGUUGUAAGUAAUCUCAUUAUAGUACAUGCACAUUAUAGUAAACUUGGCAAAUGUAGUCAUGUUACAGUACUUUAAGGAUUAAUGUGAAAUACUAUUUAAAGGAACUGUUACCCAAUUACCUCUGUUUUAAGGUAGUUCCUUCCUGCUCCUAAAUUCUUGUAGAUUUUACUGCUGACAUCAGUGGAUGAAGAAAUAUCAAAUGUUUGGCAGGAUAACAUAAAGGCCAAACUGUGAAAUGUAAAAUUGUUUUGUUAUGAACCUUAGUUACUUCUAGGGGAAAAAAAGAUUUUGUAUGUUGGUUUUUAAUUUCAACACUCGGGUGGAUUCAGGGAGGCAAGAUUUCCCCCCGUUGUGCAAUUACUGCAAAGUCAGUGUGGGUGAGAUUCUGGUGGUGGUAAAUUGUCCAAAUGGGUUUAGUGAACCAAAUUUGUACUGAACAAUCUAAUCUAUUUUUUUUUAAAGCAACUGGUACAAAAUCUUAUCAAACCAUAGGCACUUUCAGAAGCAGUUUUAGAGCACAACCCUGCCUUCUGCAUGGGACUUUAAAAUCAUAAGCAGUCAUACCAAAUCAACCCCGCUUCUUGGUGUUCCGUUAAUACGUCACCAGCAGGAUGAUCAGCUGGAGGGGGGGCUGGAGCUCCCCAUGCUCCAGCUGAUGUCGCCGGAGGAGGGGAAAAACAGCUGUAGAGUGCGAUCAGCAGUUUAGGUUCCAGACCCCCGCACCACAGCUGAUCCGCUUUUUGGCGUUUUUAGCUUUUCGGCUGGGGUCUGGAACCUAACCUGCUGUAUGAGUGGGGUCCUUCUGUACACAAAUCCACACUCUUUGCUUGUCAAUUCAAAACUGAUCACUAUCAGUAUGUGACCUUACCAUCUCCCGGAAUUAAUGGAGAUGUUUUGGUGUCACUGGGAGCUUUACUUUUAAUUAUCCAGGUUCAUGAUAUUGCCUGAUAAUAGGAAACUUUGUUUUCAAUUAUUUCAGUUAGAAAGAACUGCGUGUAUUGAAUAUGGGGCAUUUUAAUUAGGGUAUGUAAUAAAGUAAACAAUUCCUCCUAAACUUCUCUACCAUCACCACUAUAUUUCACUUAUGCCAUGAUCCUCAUAGCUAAAUUUGAAUCCAUAAGAGUUCUUCUCCCUACUGAAGUCAGGGUAUCUAAGACAGCUGAUGGUUUUUGGUUUAGCUGUCUCAGAAAUACACUAGAUUUCAUACUCUGAUAUUGAGAUCCUAUCUUUAACAGGUGGAGAUAAAUGAGUGGCUUACCUUCAUUAGUCUUUUAUUGUGGCUUUUCAGUCUUCGCAUUUGGCUUCUAGCAACUCACAGGGUAAUUUUUUUUAGGUAGUAGCAAUAAUUUAACCAAUUAUAUGCUUUUAAAAUACUGAUGCCUCUGAACUGUUUCCCCAAAACUGACCAUAGCAUUCCUUGUAUAGUAGUUCAAGACAUUAUUCAAAUAUUGUCAAUGAUGGGAGCUGGGACAGAGCAGAAAUUAACAUUUUAAUUCAAGAAGAAAUUGUUCCCCUCUUAAUUAUGAUUUGGCUAUUUUCUUAAGUAAAAUAUGUCUUUGAUACAGUAGAUUUAAACUGUGAUGCCUUGGAAAAUCAAUAUUUGAACUACUUCAUACAUCACUUUACACACUAUAAUUGAAACCUUGCUAUAAAGUAGUAUGUGUAUAGCAAACCUGACCAGAAGGUGGCAGUAUAGUAUAUGCCAAUGUAGUAAAGACACACUAUUAAAAUAUUUGGUGUGUCAAUCUGUUUCCUUAGGUGUUCUGCUCUUGAGAAGUACUUGGUUUAGUGCCAUAGUACCAUGGGAACAAGCCAUAGCAGAUUCAACAAGUAGUUCUGUACUUUCUGAAUUACUGUUCUUGUAUUUAAAGUUCAACACAAAACAGCAUUAAACAAAGGAAUAAAUGUGUAUUUCACACCUAGAAUUUAAAGAUAUGUUUCGAAGUCAACUUUGGUUUCUCAUUUUUUAAAAAAAUAAUUAUAGGCAAGAUUUGUUCUUGGAUACACGUGAAUGAUUUGACUAAAGGUUUUCAGUUUAAACAGUUAACGGCUAACACACUAUUAGGACACGAUUGUAAAAUACUAGUUGCUCAAGUCUCUUUUUUUCAUAAAAGGGUUUUCUUACAAGUGAGCGUCUGGGAUUUUAAUCUAUGACUAGGACUCUGAUCCCUAAUUUAGACAUGCCCAGUUGGAUUUUUUGUUUUUGCAAGCUGCUCUUGAAAUUCUCCUUAGUGUGAAAAGUGGUUUCCCAUGUGACAUAGGGGGCUUAAACCAGUUUGGGCAUGUGGAAUUGUGUGUCUGGAUCCUGGCCUUAUAUUAAACUUUUAUGUUAAGCUCCAUGCAAUUCCUCAAAUCUAAGUUGUUGACAUUUGUUUCUGUUUGUCUUUAAUCGCUGCUCUUGAAAGUUGUAUUCUUUCCGAUACCAGUAUUCUUAAGAACGAUGGUGACUACAAAGACUGCUUUCUUUUUAUCAAGCUUCCUUUUAAAUUUUGGAAACAAGCAGAACGCUGAUGUGUGCCUAUGUAAAUGUACUACUUUAGAAACCAAACAAAUUACACUGACCUGUUUCUGCAAGGACCUGAAGUUUUGCUCAAUUGCAGUUUCUUUUUGAAAAGUCUGCAUAACCUGUAUAUGUGAUUAUAAUGUGGUGCCCUAGGAACCAUUUUUGUUUACCAAUAUUCCAAUAUUCUAAUGCUCCUGAGGUUUGCUGUAGUCCUCUGCAUACCAUGUAGUUGGCUGUCAAUGUGCUUUACUUUUGUAUUUAUAUUAUAUUGACAACUUUUUGUUUGGACUGCUCAAAACUUCAAAAUAAAAUGUGUUUAUUCAA